AUGGCGGAUUACAAUAAAGAACUGAUGAAAAAAAGCUCUAUAUUCAAUGAUGAUUCGGAAGCGGAAGAAUCUGAUCAAGCUAGCAAGUAUAAGGAUGGUGAUGAUAACGAUAAUGUUCCCGAGACUUCAAAUCACGACAAAGAUAGAAGAAAAUUGCAAGAUGAAAUCACUUGUGUCUGCGCAAAUAUACCCUUAGUGUCGAAAGAAGACUUGGAUAAAUUAGACCAAGUGUUGUCACUAACCCGAGCCAUACAUGCAGUGCGAACUAAAUUACCUGAGGUUACACUGCAAGAGAAUCACGAUGUCGCUGGGCAAAACGAAAUAAAAAAUGAAUCUUCUAUUGAAAUGGACACUGAUGUUGAAUUGAUAAAAGGCUCAGGAAUCAUCGUGAAUGCGUGGAAGCUUCGAAGUAUCAAGAACACGUACAGCAAAAAUCCGAAAGAGAUGGCUCGCAAACUCAUGAAAAUGAUUAUUGGAGUUGAACAAUUAAAGAAAAGUUCACCAACUGGAAAGAAUGGCAGAAUUCCUAUUCCAACAGACGUGUUUGAAGGUGUCGAACCAUUUUAUGCAUUGUACAGAGAAACCAUGACUGCUAUGUGCGCUACACUGCGUAAUCCAAAACCCAAGGCAGAAGAUAUGAAAAAAAUUAUCAACAUAGAACGUGAAGAAGUCAAACCUGAUGAAAAGAACAAUAAAGAAGAAGCUACGGCAUCGAAAGAACAAGAUGAUUUUGAGCAAGACUUAGAAGAGCUAUCAGAUGGCGAUUUUGAGAAAGACUUAGAAGAGCUAUCAGAUGGUGAUUUUGAGAAAGAAAGUGAUGAAAUUAAGAAGAAUAAGGAAACCAAGAACGAUGAAAAAAUUGAAUAUGAUGAGAAAUCUGAAGAAAAGAAGAAACAAAAACGCCCACGCAAAACUCAUCCUCCGGAAACGCUUCAAACUACAAAUAGCACAAGAGUUAUGCGAGAAAAGAAUCCUAAAAGGCCAAUCUCCAGUUCUCCAGAAACAAAUAAAGGAAUUUUUGAAAUAAUUGAGUCUAAGAUAUUGUUUGAUUUGAGAGUUUUGAUCGUCAACCUUUCGACGCAACAAUCAGUGCGAAGUACUGAUCUCUCCCGUAUGGGAGAGUAA